CGUCUCAGUCAGUUCGCCUUGUGGAGACGGCUCAGACGGAGGGGAACGGAGCCCACUCGUGUGAACGUUGUGCGUGGACCAUCACCAGAGCACUGCAGCCUGCUCGCCCCGUGCGCACGCGUGUUCCGCCCGGCGCGGUGUGACCGAGUCACGCCUGAGGGUCGGAGCUGCUGGUCCCCGGCUCUGCGGCUGUUUGUCUGCGCUCACCGAGCCCCCUCCCUCCUCCUAUGGGACUCUAAUUAAUCGGAGGCAUGUGGACUUGGACCAGGAUUAGAAAUCGCUUCCUAAUAGUGUGCCUGCUGUUGACGAUAUGGGCCAAGGAGUCCCAGUCACCAGGCUAUUUCGAGCUGCAGCUGAUCUCAGUCGAGAAUGUGAAUGGCGAGUUGGCGAGCGGGGAGUGCUGCGACGGCUCCAGGAGCUCCCAAAAGUAUCUGCGCUGUGUGGAGGAUGAGUGUGACACUUACCUCAAGGUGUGCUUCAAGGAGUAUCAGUUGGAAAUCACCCGGGGGGGCUGCACCUUUGGAGCUAGAUCUACGCAAGUUCUCGGUGGAAAUAUGUUGAACUUUGAACGUGGAACGAACAAAAUCGACGACGCUGGCAAGAUUGUCUUCCCGUUCCAAUUCGCAUGGACGCGAGCGUAUACCUUGAUCGUUGAGGCCUGGGAUUGGGACAACACCACCCGCAACUAUGAUGAGGAGCACUUGAUCGAGCGCAGCUCUCACAGGGGCGUGGCCAACCCCGGCGACCCCUGGGAGACCGUCCGAUACGACGGACCCGUGGCUCGCAUCACCUACCGCACCCGGGUGCGCUGCGACGACAACUACUACGGCUACAAGUGCAAUAAACUGUGCAACCCUCGCGACGACUACUUUGGCCACUAUAGCUGUGAUGAGGCAGGCACUCAGGUUUGCCUGGAUGGCUGGAUGGGUCCCAACUGUAAGACAGCAAUCUGCAAGCUAGGUUGUGAUCCGGAUCGUGGUGGUUGCACCGUUCCAGGGGAAUGCAGGUGUAACUACGGCUGGAAGGGUCAGUUCUGCAAUGAGUGCACCCUGUUCCCCGGCUGCGUCCACGGCACUUGCGACAUGCCCUGGCAGUGCAGAUGCAAGAAUAACUGGGGUGGCCUGUUGUGCAAUCAAGAUCUCAAUAACUGCGGUCGGCACCAGCCGUGCGUCAACGGGGCAACGUGCUUGAACAUUAAGCCUGAUGGGUACUACUGCUCGUGUCCACAAGGCUACUCGGGCAAGACAUGUCAGAUUGCUGAGCCCGCCUGUGUUUCCAGUCCUUGUGAAAACGGUGGUACAUGCCAUGAGAUUUCCUCGGGCUUCGAGUGCCAGUGUCCACCAGGCUGGAAAGGACCAACCUGUGCACAAAAUUCAGACACCUGCGCUACCAACCCAUGUGCCCACGGUGGAACCUGCAUCGACCGGGAAGAUGGCUUUGAUUGCGUGUGCCCACCUAAGUGGGAGGGAAAGAGGUGCCAGAUUGAUGCGAAUGAGUGUGCAAGAAAGCCGUGUGUGAACGCUAAAUCUUGCAAAAAUUUGAUUGGUGGAUAUCACUGCAACUGUUUUCGGGGAUGGUCCGGACAAAACUGUGACAUCAACAUGACCCGCUGCCACGGUCAAUGCCUGAAUGGAGCGAUCUGCAAGGACAACCCACACGGUUACCACUGCCAGUGCCCGCCAGGCUUUGUGGGCACUCACUGUGAAAUCCAACGGAAUAAAUGUGAAAGCAGACCCUGUCAGAAUGGAGGCCAAUGCCACGCUGUGUUAGAUGGCUUUGUGUGCCAGUGCCCAGUGAAGUUUGUGGGACAACUGUGUGAGAUGCGGCUCUCAUCCCUUUCGGAUGCAUGCGAUCCAAACCCAUGUGAGAACCAGGCCAAGUGCCACAGUAUGAUCCAGGACUUCUACUGCGCAUGUCCCGAGGGCUUUGAGGGUAAAACCUGUGAUCGACCCAAGGUGGACUGCAAAACCACCCCUUGUCUAGUUAUCGACAGCUGCACUGUUUCCAUAGCGACCACCGACUCCACAGAAGUGCGGUACAUCUCCUCUAACGCCUGCGGACCUCACGGGCGCUGUGUGAGCGGGGUGGCCGACAACUUCACUUGCAUCUGUGACCUGGGGUUCAGCGGCAUCUACUGUCAUGAGAACAUAAACGAUUGCCUCAGUGGCCUAUGUAAAAACGGGGGAACCUGCAUUGACGGCGUCAAUUCGUUUCAAUGCGUCUGUCCUGACGGCUGGGAGGGAGAACUCUGCGACCGCAAUGUCAACGAGUGCGAACACAACCCGUGUAAGAAUGGCGGUCACUGCGUCGACCUUGUGAACGACUUCCACUGCCAGUGUGUCGACAACUGGAAGGGCAAGACCUGCCACUCGCGCGAAAGCCAAUGUGACGCGACCACGUGCAGUAAUGGAGGCACAUGCUAUGACUACGGGGACACCUUCCGCUGUUCCUGCCCACCCGGCUGGGUAGGAGACACAUGCAACACAGCCAAGAACAGCAUAUGCACCUCAACUCCUUGCUUGAAUGGUGGAACCUGCGUGGGAGGAGUCAACACCUUUACUUGCAUCUGCAAAGAUGGCUGGGAAGGACCCACCUGCGGCCAAAAUAUAAACGACUGCAACCCUCAUCCAUGUUACAACGGAGGCAUCUGUGUGGACGGAGUCAACGUUUUCAGAUGCGAGUGCGCCCCCGGGUUUACCGGACCUAACUGCAGAAUCAAUAUCAACGAGUGCCAGUCUUCACCAUGUGCCUACGGCGCAACUUGUGUGGAUGAGAUCAACGGUUUUCGUUGCAUUUGUCCACGCAGUAGAACAGGAGUCCGAUGUCAAGAAUUCAUAGGUAUUGGGAAGUCAUGCCCCUACGCUGGGCUUCAGUUACCUCACGACAGCCGAUGGGAGGAGGAGUGUAACAGCUGCUACUGUGGCAACGGCAAAGUGGACUGCACAAAGGUUCAGUGUGGUCAACGGCCCUGCCGCCUGCCGGUCUCAGGCCAGGACGCGAGCAUUCAGCCCUGCCCUGCCAGACGUAAAUGUGAAGCACACAGAUACCUCACGUGUUUUUCAGCUCCUUGUCAUCAGUGGGGGGUUUGCGCCCAAGCGCUCACACAGACAAGCACCGAAUGUCAGCCAAACAGCGGGCAACUGAACAACAACUGUGGCCGCAUCACACUGAUUUUCGACAAAGACAAAGUCCCGCCGGGAACAACGGUGGAGAACAUCUGCUUUGAGCUGAGGUAUCUUCCGGCCACUCGAACUUCGGCUAAGGACCACACCCUUGUCCUGCUGUGUGACCUGUCUCACUCCAGUCAGGACGCCGUGGAAGUGGCCAUAUCUUUCCAGCCUGAGGAUCUCACAGACAACAGCCUAAUCCAGGAGACGGCCAACAACGUAGUGAGCGCCUUGUCCAAGAGAAACAGCAGCGGCAUCAUGUCAGCGGUCAUUGACGCCAAAGUGGAACCACUGGUCACAUCCCGUUCAUUUGAUUACCUGGCACCUCUGUUCUGCAUUCUCUUUGGUUUGCUCUGCUUCGUCUGCGUUUGCGUUUGGUGGACUCGCAAACGGAGAAAAGAGCGCGAAAGGAACGCGUGCUCGCCGGCCAACGACACCGUCAACAACCAUCGGAAGGCACUUCUCCUGAUGCCGGGAUGUCAGCAGCAGCAGCAACAGCAGCAGCUGCUGAAAGAGAGCAACAGGGAGGCCGAGCAGGAGCGCGAAAGGCUCAUGGGGCCCUCCUAUCGGACGUGUGAUGAAAGGGAAGAGCAGCCGGAAGGCAAGCUUGAGCUGGAGGAAGAGCUGUGCGGAGCCAAGGCGGGGAAGUACCCGGUUUACAAGUACUCCAAGAGCGCAAUGCACUCCAGUGGGGAGAUGAUCUGCAUCACGUACAGUUCAAGUUUGCCCCUCAAGGCGCCCCACCGGACCCCAGGCUACAGCCCCAAAGACAACCGCUGGAAAAAUGUCAGCGCCGUCAUGACUGGCCAGAAAGACGUCAGAGACCAUUGUGUAUAAGACGUUUCAACAAUAGAGUCGCUAAGUGGAAGUGAGAAGCUGCGAGUCAGCCCCCCUGCCCCCCUCCCCUUUUUUAAAUUUUUUUUUUAUUUUUUGUGGGGGGACUGACUACCUUUGGGAAGAAGAAGGCUUUUGUAUUUCAAUAAGCCAUUAUUUGCUUUGUGAUCAUCAUAUUUGUCACCGUCACCUGACGUUGUGUUAUGAUUUAAAGCGGCACAGUGGACAUCUUUUUUUUUUUUUUUCCUUUAAUGAUCUGCCGUACUGAAAUGGAAGCGUUUUCAGGAGGUAAUAGAAGCCUUCUGCAAUUUCUGUUUGUAAA